AUGGCAGCAGAUAUAAGCUCCUUGGCAAGGAUGUUGCGAGGAUGUGAGGAAGGGGAAGGGAAGAGGGAGCUUGUUACCAGAGACUUGCUUGGUGAAGGAGCUGUGCACGGAUCCACCGAGGUUGACCUAGAGCUCAUAGUUCCAGCGGGAUGGGAGAGGCGGCUUGAUCUAGAGUCGGGGAGGACGUACCUUCAGAAGCGCGAAGCCCAUCCAUCGCCCCGUCGUCGCCGCCACUGCCUCAACCUCGCGCUUCCUCCGCCGUCCAUGGACGCGUUCUCCUUGGAUCUGGACGUCCGAGCGCCGCACUCCUGGUACCAGAGCGUCUGCACGCUCGACAAGGUGCGGUCCGCCCUCGAGCGCGCCGGGCGCGAGGACCCGCACCCCGACGGCUCCCCCUCCCCGCUCUCCUCGUCGUGGGCCAGCGAAACCUCCUCCGCAAAGCAGAUGGCAGCGGGAGAUUGGGAUCCGGAGCCACCGCCCGCGGCCACGAUGGUCGUCGGCGGAUGCCCGGUUUGCUUCCUCUACGUACUUGUCUCCGCGGCGGCGCCGCGGUGCCCCAGGUGCGGCGCGCACGUGCCGGCCCACAGCGAGCCCAAGAAGAGACACAAGUUUGACCUCAACUCGCCGAACCAAGAACAACAAUCAAGGGAUUAACCACUUAUAAUUAUAAUUAUAUAUAGAGAGAGAAUUAAGAUAUGAUUUUAGAAUCAUUCAUGUUUAUAUUUAAAAUUGGGAAGGUGAAGGAGGAGAAAUGAUUUUUGUUUCACUUGUAGAAUGGUUUACUACAAUAAAUUUAGUAUAAGGCAAAAUGUGUUCAACCUUCUUAUAACUUU